AUGAAGGUUCCUUUCCAAAAGUUGUUGCCAACGCUGGCGUUGGCUUCCUACGGCAAUGCCUGGGUUCUUGACUCAGCAUGCGAUACUCUUGGGGCGACCGAUGUGGUUACAACUGGCAUGAACGAUGCUUUCGCACUUGCUCAGGCUGGAUUAGACGUAUGGAAUUCCCUUAACAGCGGGACACAUACCCAGGCAGAGCUUGACCUUCUUGAAAAUAUGUUCGCAUGGGCUGUUGUCUUCAGCGGCGUGAUGGGCUUUGAAACUCUGAAGUCAAGUAAGAAAGGGUUACCCUCUACUGAAGUGAUUAUAUACUGUGAUUACUCUCGGUACAAGACGAAUAGGAAUUGCGAGGGACAGAGGAAACUUGGGUUCGCUUGCGAUACAGAUAAUAAUCAGAUCGCUAGAAUGGGAAUGUCUUGGCACGGUUGCAAGAAUGUCAAGACAUCAGGUAUCAUGGGAAUGACUGAUCUGAAUCUUUUUUCCGCCGCACAAAUUGAUAUCUGCAAAGGCUAUCUGGAAUUCUUCACCAAGGGCGAGAAAAAGUUUUUGACGUCUUUGAAUAUUGUCGAGAGGCUUUUUAAGCCCGUGAGCAACUAUUUUACUAAAAAGGCGCUAUCGACCCCGAUCGAUGGCCUCGCCUUGUUCGACCACACGAUGCUCCAUGAGAUGACUCAUGCUGUGAAGAAUCGCGGGGGAGACCAAGAUACUGCCACAGAUGAUAGUGGAGGGAUGUUUAAAAGCUAUGGUUGGAAGAAUUGUAUGACCUUGGGGCAAUCCCUAUCAUCCAACGCAGACGCAUAUAAGAAUGCGGAGAGCUUUGCGUACUUUGGGCUUGUUGCAAGAUUGAUGCAUCCCCCAGGUGGUCAGCCUGGGAAAACUGCAACCAAGGAUGGCAAUGUUGUCGAUCUCAGCGAAUACCAAUCGCACAACCAGCAGAAUAUUGGCUUAGAGGCUCGCAACGAGCUAAGUGGGAAUGAACCCAACCCCAUGAAGCCCGACCACAAGAAGCCCAACCACAAGAAGCCCGACCACAAGAAGCCCGAUCACAAGAAGCCCGAUCACAAGAAGCCCGAACCACUUUCUCCUAGUUCCCCUUCAAGCACCAUACCCCAUCACAACGGGACUAGGAGUAUCAGUGGCAUACCUGGGCCAUCCACCCCCCUUCUACCUACUACGACUUCAUCUAAGACGGAUUCAACCUCGAAGCAACCGGGCAGUGCUUCACAAGCAUCCGGGAGUGGGCAACCUAGUGACCCUUCCAAAACACUUGGAGGUGGACACUCUAGCAUUCCAUCCCAGACGCUUAGCAGUGCGUCCAAUUCAUCACCAGACCCGAGCUCAGGUGCGGGAGGCCCAACAGGCUCCUCGUCAACCCCAGGCAUCACCUCUGCGCCUAGCACUUCAUCACCUAGUGCAAUUCCAUCAACUGUUAUACCUAUCACUAGCGGGGACUCAAGCACACAAAUCACCUACGUCUCGACUCGCACUAGCUCUGAAGGUGGGCGACCUACCCCAGUGUGGAUUUGCACAGGAUCCCUUUGCGAUCAGGGUAGCAAGUGCAUUAUCCCGGCCUUUUGUUCGGAUGAAAGUGGCAGCGGCGCAUCCUGGGGGCUUUGCUGCAGUUGGACUCCAGACCUCCCCUCAGAUGGUGGAGGUGGUCCCCCUGCAGGUGGACCUUCGCCAGGACCCGGGGAUGGAGGUGACGACAAUCCGUCUCAUUCUUCAGAUUCAGAAUCAUCUACUAGCAGCGAUGGCAGCUCUAGUAGCAGUGACAGUACUACGACCACCACACCAAGCACUAGUGCUAGCAGUACAAGCACUCCCAGCAGUACGAGCACUCCCAGCAGUACGAGCACUCCCAGCAGCACGAGCAACCCCGGCAGUACGAGCACUCCCAGCAGCACGAGCACCCCCGGUAGUACGAGCACUCCCAGCAGCACGAGCACCCCCGGCAGUACGAGCACUCCCAGCAGUACGAGAACUCCUCGCAGCACGAGCACUCCCAGAAGCUCUGUCUCAGCUGCAACGGAAAGUGCAAUCUAUGACAACUGGAAUUGGAUGCAUGACAGUAACUGGCUGAAUGAGCAGCAAUCUGCGCUCCAUGCGAUGCUUUCUGCAACCGGUUCUGCCUCUUCUUCUUCUCGGAGCAGUAGUACUCCUCUCAAAACCAGAACUUCCAGAAUUUCCAGGACUUCCAAAUCUUUCACAACCAAGCCCAAAGGUUCAUCACCGCCAGGGAUACCGGGGGGUACUAGUAUUCCAUACACACCCACUGACCCAGGCACUCCUAUCUCGUUCACACCUGAAUCAGAUACACCGACACCCACACCGAGUGAUUAUUACUACUAUGAUCCCUUCUACCCAUUCUAG